AUGGGUCACUCAUGAUAGGUUUUGUGCUUCUUCCACUGGGCCAACACAUGAUGAACUGUUGACAUUUGAAUUAACAUGGGUGCAAUGCAACAUGAACGCCUUUGUUAGAAUCAUCUCUCUUUCAAUUAGCAGUGUAAUUCUGGUCGGAAUAAUAUCUGCUUCACUUUUGAAAUAUUUCUGGAGAGACAUUAAAUACAUGCAGCUGGUCAGGAGAGCAAAACGGCACAAUGGGUACAUUCAAAUUGGUGAUCAAAAUGGUAUCCAAAAUGAUAUCCCAAAUGAUGAUGUCAUCCAAGACAAUGAAAUAUAUGAUGCUUUUAUCAGUUACCAUUCUGAGAAACGCAUAUGGGUACGUGACGUGAUGACACCAGAACUGACUAACGGGGAUGUUCAAUUCUCAUUGAUACAUGAUGAUAACAUUAUUCCAGGACAAGAGUCCUACUUUGGUGGAUUAAUGUCCCACAUGGACCGUAGCCGCCACAUUAUUUUCCUGGUUACACGAGGCUGGAUGAAGGAGGGAUGGAAUGAGUUUGAAAUGGACUCUGCUAUAGAUAUGCUCACCCAGACCAAACGCCACACACUCAUAGUUAUUCUGAUGGAGCACAUACCACAGAAAGAUAUGUCACAUAAGCUUAAACUUAUGGUAAGACACAAUGUCUGUCUAAAGUGGAGUGAAGAAGAAGGAAACCAACGGAAAUUUUGGAGGGACCUUAAACUGGAACUAGGGAAAAGGCGAUAUGAAUGA